AUGUGCACUGCAAUGGAGACUCUGUACUCCGACAUGGACAGCUCAAGCUGCGAUUACUCCUCGCACACGGACGAUGAGGACUCGCGCAGCAGCAUGCAAACGUCGUCCCCCGCAUCCUCGUGCGGAAAGCCACCUGCAUCUCCAGCCGACAGCUUGCAGGAGGGUACCGCCGAGCUCCAGCAAAAGAAGAGGCGCAGGGGGCGCGCGAGGAACGAAGCCACAGUGCACGUGGUGAAGAAGAAUCGCCGGAUCAAGGCAAACGACCGCGAGAGGAACAGAAUGCACAACCUGAACGACGCAUUGGACGUCCUGAGAAGCGUACUACCCGCCUUUCCCGACGACACGAAGCUUACCAAAAUCGAGACUCUGCGCUUCGCUCACAACUACAUCUGGGCACUUUCGGAGACCAUCCGGAUCGCAGACCAGAAGCAGAGCAAGUCACGAGACGUGACGCCACUGCUGCUCUCGGGACUAAGCUGCGUGGCAGAGACACCAAGUCCGAGCAGCGACUCUUGGGCAUCCAGUGCAUCCUCCUCAUCUUCAUCUCCGUCAUAUAGCAAUUCAGAUCCCGGCAGCCCAGCAGCUAUGGACGAUUUUGGAUAUUUGCAAAGAGAUGUGUACGGCUACCGCAACUUCGUGCCUGGCAUCUAUUAA